AUGCCACCAUCACGACUAGCCAGCUCGCUACUCGGGAGUGUCCGAGCAGCCUCAAUUCGCCCGACAGCCGCUUCGCGACAACGAUGCCUGUACCAUUCGUAUGAUUACGCGCAGCCGCCGCCAUUUCCUCCCGCCGAGUCAGCCAUCCUCUCUUCCGCAUACGCACACGUACCCAGCCAUGGGUUUACCAUGGAUGCACUGAAGCUUGGUGCUCGCGACGCCGGCUAUCUCGAUGUUUCUACGAAUCUGCUUCCGCGGGGUGUCUUCGAUUUGAUCAAUUACCAUCUUGUCACGCAGCGCUUGGCGCUACAGAACAAUGUUCAAUUUCCAGACCAGGGAGAGCAAGGGAAGAAGAUGGGCGUUGGCGCAAAAGUCAGGACGUUGACACUGGCGCGGUUGCGGGCGAACGAACCCGUCAUACAUCGAUGGCAGGAGGCACUCGCGAUCAUGGCCCAGCCUACGUACGUCCCGGCAUCUAUCGCCGAACUUGCGAGACUUGCAGACGAGAUAUGGUUUCUGUCGGGAGACCAGAGUGUCGACAGCAGCUGGUACACCAAGCGCGCAACGCUCUCAGCCAUCUACUCUUCGACCGAGUUAUACAUGACACAGGACAAGUCGGCCAACUUUGUAGAGACGGAGCAGUUUCUGGAUAACAGAUUACAAGACCUGAUGAAGGUUGGCGGCUUCAUGGGAGGACUGGGCGAGUGGCUCAACUAUACGGGACAUUCUGCCGUCAACGUGCUGAGGAGUAAGGGUGCGCGCAUCUGA